AUGACUUUGCUACGUUCUGGUUUACUCGGUCGUUCGUACACGCGACCCUUGCGGCUUAUGAUUGCUCGACGAGCAAAAUCAACACAAACUUUCGUGUCAACCGGCUGGCUUGAAGAGAAGCUAAAUGAAGUUGUUCCCGUCGACGGGUCGUGGCAUAUGCCUUGGGAUAAUAGGGAUGCAUACAUGGAGUACUUGCAGAAGCGAAUAGAGGGAGCACGAUUUUUUGGUAUAGAUGAGAUAAAAGACAAAAACUCGAAUCUGCCGCACAUGCUCCCUGAACCUGAAACAUUCGCGGCGGCUGUCGGGGAUUUGGGCAUAACAGAAACGGAUCAUGUCGUAGUGUAUGACACUGCAGGGCUCUUUUCAGCACCAAGAGUCUUUUGGACAUUUAAGGUCUUUGGGCACAAGAAAGUUUCCAUUCUUGAAGGUGGUUUACCGAAAUGGGAAGCAGAGAAGCGUCCGCUUGAAGCGGGAUCAUUGCACAUUACGCCGAAAUCGUACAAAGUGCCAACCGUUAACAAGUCGCUAGUACGUAAUUACCAAGAAAUCAUUGACAAUAUUGAGCAUGGGCCUAAUGCAGAAACCUUCGCGCAAGUCGUUGAUGCACGGCCCGAAGGACGCUAUAAUGGGACAGAACCUGAAGCACGCCCAGGUCUACCAAGUGGACACAUGCCUUUUUCAGCUAACAUCCCCUUUCCCUCAGUCAUUGAUAAAUCUACUGGCGCCCUUCUGGAUUCCGACGCUCUCAAAAAACUUUGCGAAUCUAAGAACAUCGAUCUUAACAAACCCAUCAUAGUGAGUUGUGGUAGUGGCGUUACAGCCACAAUAGUAAUGCUUGCGUUGGAAAAGGCAGGUGCAAAUCAACUUGCUAUCUAUGAUGGAAGUUGGACUGAGUACGCGGCUAAUGAAAAAUCACCCAUUGUUGGGAAGAAGUGA